AUGCACUUUAUUGUGCACAUUUUUAUACGUGUUAUACAUGAUUUAGUAACACCAAAUUUUAGUACAAUUAUUUGUUAUGAUCGACUAAUUUAUGAUAUAUCAUAUUCACUUGCUUCAUGUUUAGAAAAUGAAGCUAUACGUUAUGGAAGAUUUCUUGAAUCAUUAUUAGAAUCUGUUAUGAGUUGGCAUGGAGAUAAGAACAAAUUUGAUAAGGAAUGUGCAACACAUUCAGGUUUUCUUACUGUUUUUCAUAAUGCUGGUAAUGCAGCAACGAAAACAACAGGUACAACACAAACAUCUGAACAACUUGAUUAUGAUAAUUUUCGUCAUGUAUAUCAUAAAUGGCAUUAUAAAUUAGCGAAAAGUUUUAUUGUUUGUCUUGAUUCAAAUGAUUAUAUACAAAUACGUAAUGUAUUACAAGUCUUGACUGUUCUUUUGCCUAUAUAUCAAAAAAUGACAACAUUUUAUGCUGUACUUGAACGACGUAUUAAAGCUAUAUGUGCAGCUGAAAAAGAUCGGCGUCAUGAUUUUUUUGCAUUAGCUAAAUGUUAUAGCGAUUGUUUAGCACAUAAAAAUCGUGAUACGAUUGAAGGAUGUCAAUUUCAUUCUUUUUUAAAUUUAAUUAUUUGCUUUUUUUUUUAUGCACGGCCAACAAGUGAUAAGCCUAUGAAUAUUGGGACAACAAACAAUGGACCGACAACAGCACACAAAUCAGCUUCAACAGCACCAUUAUCUCAACCAACUGCACCAACAUCUCGAUCAGCAACAAUAACUAAUAUUACAAACGGUGGUACUAGUGGUAGUUCAUCUCGUCGAUUAAAUCAAACAGUUGAAUCUACUUUAUCAACAACAUCUGUACAUCAAGAUAAUGAACAUAGGAGUGGAUCAGGUAUUAUGGAUGUAUCUCCAUCAAGUCUAUCAUCGAAAAGAAUUAAAACAAGUAAUACAGUUUCAAAUGGACGAUCAACACGAAAAGAAGCACGUGAAGAUCGACAUACAAGUUCAUCAUCUUCACUUAGAGUAUCGUCAUCAUCUUGUAGUGAUUGUCGAGAUAAAUAG